AUGAAGUCGACUAGCCCGCACUGGCUGUCUCUUUGUGUCGCUGCACUAGCUGGUCUUAGCAUCGCCAACCCCGUACAGCAAAAGCCUCUCGCCGGUGAGGACGUUAUGGUCAAACAAGACAAGGUCCCCGGUCACAACGAUGCCAUAUACGACACCGUGCCAAAGGAAGACCAGAUACUGAACAUCGAGUUCCUCGAGAUUGCCCCCACGCCCAUUAUCGCCGACCGUGUCUUCUUCGUCUACCUACGCGGUUAUCUACCUCAUUCUAAAAAGAAGGAGCUAGAACUUCUUGACGAAGGCCUUGUCAAUGCGACCCUCUCUGUGAGCGGCUCUGCCGUCUACUCGGAUGGUAGUCACGACGAUGAAGAAUCCGUUAUAGGACCGUUGAAGACUACGUCCUUCAAUGAUAUAGCCCACCUCACUAUUCGCGAUGCCCGUGGAAUUCAGGUCGACUACAUGCCUAGUAGCGACCGCAGUGAUAUAUUACUAGAUUUCCAGAUUCCUACAAUGUUUUUGAAGAGCGACGGGAGGCUUUGA